CUUUGUUUUCUUUGUAUUUGAAAAAUUGAGAAAAGCUCAUAUCAUGGCAAUUGAGAAUGGGAAGAAGGUGGAAGUUGCAGAGAAAGAUAAGAUGGUGAAGGUGAUGAAAAAGGAUAUGGUUCGUCCAAGUAAAGAUUUGGGUAGACGAGAAUGUCCUCUGGUUACAUUCGAUCUUCCUUAUGUGACCUUCUAUUACAACCAGAAAUUGUUGCUGUACAAGGGUCAGAAUAGUAAUUUUGAUUAUUGGGAAGAGAUGGUUGGAAAGAUGAAGGAAGCUCUUGGUGAAAUACUUGUAGAUUUUUAUCCAUUGGCGGGUAGAUUGGAGAUGGAUGAGGAAGGUGUGUUGAGGGUUGUCUGUGAUGCCGACAAUGUUGGUGUUGAGGUGGUGGAGGCGGUGGCUGAUGAUGUCGGCAUUGCCGAGCUCGGAGAAGAUGAGUCUUCCUUGUUGUUGCAGGAGAUCGUUCCUUACACCGGAGUUCUUAAUUUGGAAGGUUUCCGCCGCCCAUUGUUAGCUGUUCAGCUCACCAAAGUGAGAGACGGACUAGCAAUCGGGUGCGCAUUCAACCACGCUAUCCUAGACGGUCACUCCACGUGGCACUUCAUGAACUCCUGGGCGGAGAUCUGCCGUGGAUCCAGUUCAAUCUCGAUCCUACCUUUCCACGACCGUUCUAAAGCCAGAAACACACGUGUGAAGCUCGACCUUCCAUCGGACCCAUCCCAACUGGAUGCUGACGUCAUCAAAUCAAAGGAGGAAGCCACGUCACCCCUAAUGAGAGAGAAGAUAUUCCGACUCUCCGGCUCCGUCAUUGACAAGAUCAAAUCUGAUCUCAACUCUUCUUUAUCAAACGGUUCCAAGUCAUUCUCAACUUUCCAAUCGCUUGGGGUCCACAUAUGGAGAGCCGUCACUCGUGCACGCCACCUCAACGUGGAAGACUACACGGUCUUCACCGUCUUCGCCGACUGCAGGAAGAGGUUGGAACCACCUAUGCCGGAAAGCUACUUCGGUAACCUAAUUCAGGCGAUUUUCACCGUGACGGCCACCGGAGCGUUGCUAGAGAACUCGCCAGCUUUUGGGGCGUCGAUGGUGCAGAAAAUGAUAGAGAUGCACGAUUCGAAGACGAUCGAGGGUCGGAACAAAGAGUGGGAAGCGUCACCGAAGCUGUUCCAGUGGAAAGAUGCGGGAAUCAAUUGUGUGGCGGUGGGGAGCUCGCCGAGGUUUCAGGUUUACGAUAUCGAUUUUGGGUGGGGGAAGCCGGAGACGGUGAGGAGUGGGAGGAACAAUAAGUUUGAUGGAAUGGUUUACCUUUACCAGGGAAAGGGUGGGGGAAGGAGUAUUGAUGUAGAGAUCAGCUUGGAAGCUCAGGCUAUGGAGAAUUUGGAGAAAGAUAAGGAGUUUCUAAUGGAGUAG